UCAUCAUAACACAGUCAACAGUGGUGCGGUGCAGUCUUCAAAAUCGGUGAAGGGGAACAGUGUGUGCCAGUAUUCGGUUGGAAGCGGCCUCCGAGAAAGCCCUCCCCAGCUUUUUACCCUCCAGGGGUGUACUAGCUAGCUUUCAGACAGAGCCGUGACACAGAUCCAAGAUGAUGGAGUUUAGAGGACUACUGGUCCUAUUGCUCGUGUCCGCCAUUGGACCCAGGAGAGGUGAUGCGUUCCUGGACGUGCUGCUCAAGGACGACAUGGUCCAGCUGUUUCUCGGUACCUCCACACCAUUCUACCUGGUUGAGCAAGGCUAUGACUCUCAGCUUGCACGGUCGGGUAUCCUGCAGUAUCUAGAUCCCCUGCAGCCGGAGAGGUCCCAGCUGACAUUCGAAUGGAGCUCCAAGAAGCCCAUCCAUUAUGUCAUCCAGCUCAACUCUGGUCACACGGGCGUCAUGGACAGCCCUCGCGCAGACAUCUCGCUGCGCGGCAUCGUGCCCAAAGUCGAGACCGAGUUCCACAUCAACUUCCCGUGCACGUUCCGCCAGAGUGGCACCACGUUUGUUGCCAUCACGUUCACGUUCUUCGACGACCGCGGCAUGCCCAUGUACGAGAUGCCCUUCACCUUGGCCAUGAAGCGUGCAUGUGUGAAAGCCAACAAGAAGGCCGAAGUGCACACACAUCGACUGGAUAUCAGCAAUAUCAAUGAUGACGAGAAGGAACACAUCAACACACAGCUAGGCAACGACCUGGGAGAUCCCGGAAAGGAGCGGACAAUCCCAGUCGCCGUGGUUGUCCAGCCCCAUCGGCCCGUUAGGCCAGCGGAGCAGCCCACUCCGCCGGAAAUCGAGACCGAACCCAAGGACGACUUUGGAAAGGCAGCCACGGAGGCACCUAAGGCCAAGCCGGCGCCUAUAGUGAAAACCGUGCGCGCACGUCCUACUCCCAAGCAGCCCAGGCCCCAGAUCGAUGCCUGCCCGAUGUGCAUCAUGCCAAAGAAUCAAUCACAGCUGGAGGAUCUCAUCUGCAAAGCCGGAUUUGCCAUUCGCACACGAUUGUCAUCGCUGGGCAAGGACACCAAGACGAAUCACUUCUUCCUGGGCCUGCGCGACUACCGUGAGCUGAGACCGAGCCGCCGCAGCGCCUCCAACGCCCUGUACGCCUGGGAGCGGCAGCGGCAGGGAGUCGAUGCCAGCGAGAAGGCCACGCUGACCUCCAGCGAGCCGAUGCGCGUACGCGUGAUGGUCGGCAGCCGUGGUGCGUGCAGCUGUAACGGCCGCGUCAACAACCGCGAUCUGUACCUGGUGGCCGGUAAGUACAGCUCCCGCCGCGGCCAGCUGGUCAUCCGCCAAACCAAGAGCCUGCUGCUCCCGUGGCGAGAGGUCAAGCACUGGAUCCGACGGCUGAAGCCAUUCCGCUGCAGCAAGUAAUGUGGGCAAUGGCGGUACCAGCCAGCCCCUGAGCUCACCAUACACUGAGUUGCAAGAGUAAUAGCAGCGAGAGUGGCGUAGAAAUACGGAGCACGCGUUUGCACGCCAAUUUGACAGCAUCACUGCACCAGCCGCAACAGAACACACACCCCUGAACACUAUCAAUUCCAGACCUGCCACCUUGAGCCAUCAUCCACUUAGACACCCCCCCCCCCCCAUCCUCCAUAUAUUGUUAGUGCCUAAGCAGUGCAGAGCACUGUGAGAUCAAAUUCUGACUACGUACCGGUACGUACCGAUGUGAGUUUGCACGCGAUAGAUCUGAGCAGUAAUGUGCUAAGAGAUUGUCUAGGUGGCUGCAACCCUCCAUCACGUCAGUGUACGUGCCGGCACAAAUUCGUUUUCGUGUCAUGUCGCGUUGGCAACAAUCCCUCAGAAAUAACUUUUUUUUCGUAGCGUUUGCUCCAUACAGCGUUGCUUCGCGCUUGCGCCGUCUUGAAAAUUUCCAAGGUGUAUUUUUUUACUACUGCCAGCCCGGCUCGGAAACAGUUUCAUGUGCACACGUUCUAGUACUAGCUACCAGCGUGCAAGAUUCUUAUCAUGCACAAUGUCACUGUAGAAUAAGAUACCGUCACCGCCUACGUAAAUAAAUUAUUGGCCCGCACCCGGGCAUACGCCCUGCACAAAAUACUGUUUCACAUUGUAGUACCCUGUACUCUAUUUGCCAUGCUGUUUUGGACUUGAUUUGGAUCGGUGUAUACUGGAGGAAAUAAUAGUCAGCACCAUAGAUAUUGCUCAGGCAUUAUUGGCACAUGGACUAGCUUCUUCAAUCUUGGCUCAUUUUAUGGUUAUUUUUAGGCAAAUUUUUCUCCUAGCCCAUUGCUGAUCCCGUAAUUCGUAAUUCUUUAUUGAUGCUAGGUGUAAAUCUGCAAUAUCCAUCGAAUGUGUAGUUUGACAGUGAGGGCUGUGUA